AUUUCCAAAACCGUAAACCGUCACACAAAUCAACUUCUUCCUCACACAUUUGCUCUCGAACUCACCGCAUAUACUUCUCUUCAUCGCCAUCCAUCGAAAGCCCGUUCUAAUCAACCAUGGGUGCCGACAUCGUUGCAAACCCGCCGCCAUCUGCGUCUGGAGAGUCCAAGUCGAGCCGCAAGAAGCGUGCGAAGGCUGAAGCCGCCUCAGCAACACCCACUCUGCCUACUGCCGACAAAGCGACUUCUGAGCUAGGAGCCAACAGCUCUGACGUGGCAGGCAAGGCCAAUGGCGGGGAAGAUAACCUGUACAUCAGGGAGCUUCAGAAGAAUGUUCGCAACGUGAACAAGAAGCUGAACGCUAUGAGCAAAGUCACCGAGAUCGUCGCCGCGAACCCUGACGUAUCCCUCGAUGAGCUUGUCUCUACACGCAAGAUCAACGCCGACCAGCGAGCCCAAUAUCAGAAGCGCCCGGCACUCCAGAGCCAGCUUGCGCAGUUCGAGGAGCAGCUCGCUGCGUACAAGAAGUUCGAGGAGGAGCUCCAGAGCAAGGCAGCUCAAGAGAAGGAGAUCCUGCAGAAGGGACACUCGGAGGAGCUUGUGAAGCUGAGGGACACACUCAAGGAGGAGGCUGCGCUAGAGGUCAAGAAGACCUUUCGCGAGCAAUUUUUGACCUUGUCUCGUUUCCUGCGCGCUGCGGCUGCUCGACGUCAGCUGCCAGAGGACGACAGCAACGAGCUCACCAAGGCCUUCGAGGGAGCGCUUCUGCAAGUCUAUGGCGGUGAUCCUUCCGCUGUAGCCGCGGCUGAGAAGCUGAUUGAGGGGUCACACGACAGUGUGCCUUCAACGGACGGCGAGAUCCUCAGCGUCACUUACGCCCAGGUCAAGCAGGCUGCUCUUGAGGAAGCUCCUUUCGCCGCCGAGGAGGCGUGGGCAGACGAUGUCGCACAGUCUCAGCCCACGGCCCCCGAGACCGACUCGCCCGCGGCCAUCUCCACAGACCCAACUGUCGCCCACGCAGGACUGACCGAAAUCGGCACAACCACCGGUACCGUAACUGGCGCAGAGUUGGACACAUCGAACGCUCCUGCAGCCUCAAGCGUAGAUGCUGGUGCGGCCAACCAGGCUGGAGGCGACUGGGACAAGCCGGGCCCUGGUUCCGACGACCCUCUCGCUGAGUCAUUCGAGAUCGUUCCUCGUAACCCCGCUGAGACCGAGACACCGGCUGCGCCUGCCGCUGUCAAUGUCACCCAGAGCUGGGCCGAUGAUACACCCGAGGCGGCACCUGCAGCUCCUGCGGACGACGGAUUUCAGAGUGUUUCACACAACCGUGGACGUGGACGCGGUGGACACCAAGGAGAGGGCCGAGGUGGUUAUCGUGGAAGGGGAAGGGGCGGCCCGCGUGGUGACUUCGGCGGACGGGGCCGAGGUGGACGUGGCCGUGGAGAUGGCUUCCGUGGUGGUCCUCGAGGCGGAGGCUUCCGCGGAGGACGAGGUGACUCGUCGCAGCAGUAAAACAAGGCAGCACACGCCCCUUCUCUUCUGAGCACACUCUUGCACGAUUGGAAUCGGGGGUUUGGAAGUUGAUUCCACUAACUCAUUGGGUCGCUUCUUUCGCUGUUUUACUACACUGUUGUACUGGCAUGUUUGGAACAUCUGUCUGAGCGGAUCGCAUGGAAUGUGGGCAUCAAGCACUACAGGAACGUGCAUGAAAGAGUGUACAGCCUAGUCGUCUUCACAGCAUAGCAUCGGAGCCUUGGUAUCUUGGUUUCCUCGGGUUUUGGGCCAUUUUGUAAAAUAGUGGCUACGGGAUGCGGGUGCUCAAAAUCAAUGGGCUUGUAACAAAAUGCAACUCGUUCCCGACCG